CCGUCUCCUCGAGCCGGUUCCCUCCCCCCCAAACCCUCCACCCCGAGAGAGAAGCGCCUCGCGUCGGCGGCGGCCAUGGACCCGGCGUCGCUGCUGGAGGUGUACCGCCGCGACCGGCGCCGGCUGCUCGGCUUCCUCCUCUCCGCUGGCGGCGGCGGUGGCCUCGCGGUCGACCUCUCCCGCGUCGACCUCAACGCCGUCAGCGCCGACUACGCGCUCGAGUGCGUCGCCUCCGGCGCGCAGUUUGAUGCUUCGGAGGCCACGAGGAGGUACUUCGACGAGAGGAGGUACCCUAUCAUGAUUGGGUCGCCAUCAGGGAACUCUUAUUUUCUUCUUUCGAGCUCAGAACCAUCUGAUUCCCCACCAAAGGAAGCAGCACCUUGCAUUGGGCCCCAAGCACCUACACAAGAAAACUCAAGUCCAGCAAGGCAACCAAGAGAUUUUUUCAGAGCUGCUGUUAAUAUUUCAGAAAUGGGCUAUGGCGCCAAGGAUGUUAGUUUGUCAGAUAUUUCUCCUCAGCGAGUAAAUAAAGUGGAUAUUCUUUCUCUAGGUUUGCCUGAGUUAAGCACAGAACUAUCUGAUGAUGAUAUAAGAGAAACAGCUUAUGAGGUGCUUCUCGCUGCUCUAGUUGUCAGUGGAAAAAUACACUUCUCCGAAGAGAAAAGAGAAAAAAAGCCCAAAUUCUUGAAGGGUCUAAGGUCUAAGGUGGAAGGAUCAAAUUCAUCACCUCAGCUGGAAAAUAAUUAUUCCCAAAUUCUUGAUUUGAUCCGAGUACAAAUGGAGAUUUCAGAAUCUAUGGAUACAUUGACUAAACGAGCUUUAAGACUUACUAGUUUGACGAUGGAGCAUGGACAUCUUGAUGUGCCUCGUAUAUCACUACAGCUCUUAAAUUCUGUUGGCAAACUUGAUUUCCCAACAGAAAGGUUGCGUGUGCAAUGGCACAGAAGACAGGCAAAUGUUCUUGAAGAAUUACUUCUCUUCUCAGCAUCUCGUGAGUAUGACAUGAGUGAAACAUUGAGGAUAGUUCUCUCUAAGCUAAAAAAUACAGAGGGCUGGGUUGUGAGUGUUCCCGAGGGGCGUGUCGAGGUGUUGACUAUCAUUGAAAGAUACAACACAAAACUUUCUGCACUGACAAAGAAGUUUGGCCUUAAAGAUGAGACCUACCAUUGGGCCCAGAAUUAUCAUUUUAAUUUUAGGCUAUAUGAGAAGUUACUUUGCAGUGUGUUUGAUAUUCUCGAAGAUGGACAACUUGUAGAGGAGGCUGAUGAAAUACUGGAAAUAGCAAAGCUGACCUGGCCAAUAUUGGGCAUUACUGAGAAGUUGCAUGGCGUCUUCUAUGCAUGGGUGCUUUUCCAGAAGUUUGCUCAAACCGGGGAGAUUCUUCUAUUGAAACGCACAAGCCUUCAGAUACAGAAACUUCAACUGCAUCACGACAUUAAAGAAAUAGAGUUGUAUACAAACAGCUUUAUUUGUUCUGCGGAAGCCUGUGGCAGCAACAGGGCUCUAAAUUUGGUUGACAGUACCCUUCUUAAAAUAAAUGUCUGGUGCCGCCAUCAACUAGAGAAUUAUCAUGCAUACUUUAGUAAGAAUAAUUUCUCAAUCUUUGAGAGCAUGCUGAACUUGGUGUUACUUUCGGCAAUAAACUCCACUGAGGAUGGUGAAGAAGAAACCAUGCUCAUUGAAACCCCAGUAGGGAGUACACCAGAAUCAAAGUUGAUCCAUUUACUUGUUGUCAGAUCCAUUCAAGCUGCUUAUAAGCAAGCCUUAAUUUCAUCAGAUGGCCAAUCAAAAACAGAAUUUAAGCAUCCAUUGACAAUGCUCGCCAAUGAGGUAAAGCUGGUGGCAGAGAAAGAGUGCACUGCAUUCAGUCCAAUACUUCACAAGUAUUAUCCUGAAGCUCAAAGAGUAGCUCUAAUCUUCUUACACCUGCUGUAUGGCCAACAACUGGAGCUGUUCUUGGAAAGGAUAGAUCAUUCGGAAAACUCAAAAGAGAUACUGGCAGCAUCAAACAAUUUUGAGCUCUUUAUAGCUCAGAAUCUUUACUCGGUGUACGGGGAAGCUGUUGGCUCUUCAUUGUCCAGCUAUUUAAAACCAUACAUGAUAGGUCGCUUUUCUUCACCUCUUAUUCUCCAAUGGCUACACGCUCAACACGAGAAUGUCUUGGAGUGGACAAAACGUACUAUUGAGAUAGAGGACUGGGAACCUUUAUCAGCUCAUGAAAAGCAAUCAACAUCUGUGGUUGAAGUAUUCCGAAUUGUGGAGGAGACCGUUGACCAAUUCUUUAACUCAAGCCUACCUUUGGAUAUUGUCCACUUGCGAAGUCUACUUAUUGGAAUCACUAGCAGUCUUCAAGUCUAUCUGAUGCACAUGGAAAAUCAACAAGUUUCUGGAUCUACCCUGCUUCCUAGCGCUCCGGUCUUGACACGUUAUGCAGAAUCAAUGAAUCCAUUCGCAAAAAGGAAAGUUAUUGAGCCUACAGUUCCUGAAGAAAAGGUGGCUAGUAAAUUGAACAAUUUGUCAGUACCUAAAUUAUGUGUGAAACUCAGCACCCUUCAAUUCAUCAGGGACCAACUUGAUACCAUAGAAGAAGGCAUCAAACACUCCUGGGUCUCUUUCCUGUCAGCUGCGAGAUUGUUGGACUACUUAUCUUGUAUGGCUAGUGGAAGAGCUGUUUCAAAAAUUCUGUCAUCAUCUGAUGAAUCGGUUGAUGAGUUGUUUACAAUAUUUGAUGACGUGCGAAUGACUGCAGUGAAGAUAACUGACACAAUUUUGAAGUUUAUUGGAACAAGGGCUGUAUUCUGGGAUAUGCGGGACUCACUUCUUUUGUCCUUGUACCGUGAUAGCGUUGAAGGAGCACGCAUGGAGAUUUUUAUCCCUUCAAUUGAUCAAGUUCUUGAUCAGGUAUGUGAUCUAAUUGUCGAUGUGUUAAGAGACCAAGUUGUGCUAAGAAUAUUUCAAGCUUGCAUGGCGGGGUUCAUUUGGGUCCUACUGGAUGGAGGCCCAUCUCGUGCAUUUUUGGAGACAGAUGUGGACUUGAUGCAACAAGAUCUUGCUAUGCUCAAGGACCUCUUUGUAGCAGAAGGCCAAGGUUUACCAUUGGAUGUAGUUGAAAAGGAGGCUAAACAAUCACGGGAAAUAUUGGACCUGUAUAUGCUGAAGGCUGAUACAAUCAUUGAAAUGCUGAUACAUGCAAGUGACCAAAUGUCUAACCAUCUUGAAUUUACAAGUGCUCAAAGAAGACAUGUCCAUGAUGCUCAUACCCUUCUUCGGGUUUUGUGUCAUAAGAAGGAUAAAAUUGCCUCUACAUUUUUGAAAAUUCAAUACCAUCUUCCAAGGUCUUCAGAUUAUGAUGAUGUUCCUGUGAAGGAUGCGUCAUAUAAAGUACCUAUCUUUUCAGAGAUGCUGAAAAAAAGUACCUCAUUCAAUUGGUCAGAAACAGGGCAGCAAAGCUUUAGGAUUAUGAAGAAGAAACUGCAAGAAGCUUCUUGGCAGUAAGAUGUGUCUUACUGAGAAAGUUCUGCUUGGUUUACAGAAUGUCCUUUCCAUAUACACACAGCAGGUAGUGAGCUUGUACAACCUGUACUGUGUACUAUCAAAAGAAACUCUGCAUUUCCGAGAUAAGGAUUAAGGCAUGGAUUUAAAAGAUUUGUGCUGCACUUCGUAGUGCUAAAUGACGAUACGGCGUUCAUUCCAAUGCUUCUGAAAGCUUCAUAAACAUCCUGGCUCCUCGGUAGGAAUCAUGCAAGUAUGCCUACAGAGCUGCAUAUGAAGGUGUUCAUUCCAAUGCUUCUGAAAGCUUCAUAAACAUCCUGGGUCCUCGGUAGGAAUCAUGCAAGUAUGCCUACAGAGCUGCAUAUGAAGAUGAGUAAUCAACUUGAAGAGUUGGCAGCAACGGAAUGGUAGCGGAGAUGAUUGUCGUUCUGCUAAAGUGCUAAAUAUUUGCCCUGGGGGAAAAAGAGGCAUCAAGGGGUUUCUGUUCGAAAAGGACCUGGCCGUUCCACCUGGAGGUACCGAGCUGGAUCAGCUCUCUGACGUACAUGUUUCUAGAUGCAGAUAUCUCUGGUACAACAAAUGCUACAUAUUCGAAAAUCCUGUCCUUUUGGGGGGGUUGAAAAUCCUGUUCUGUCUUUCGCUUCACACUGGAAAUGGAAGGCUAGUUGCAGAUCCUCUCUACCAAAAAGAAGUCAGUUGCAGAUUCGUGUCAGAUGCAAGCUGUGAUGUACUGAAACCCACCUAGUGGCCAAUAUAUAUGUACUGUGCAUUUCACAGCCGGUGGUUGAACA